CGCACCUCGGACAGCAGCAGCGGCGGCGAGAGGAGGAGGGAGUGGGGACCAGGGACCGGGCGGCGACAGCGACAGCGGAGCAGGAACGACCGGCCAGCCCCGGACCUUGCCCUGGACCCAGGACCCAGAACUCAGCCCGGCGAGCAGACCCUCACCAGGUACACAGAACAAGGAGAGUGGACGCCACUACAGAAGGAAAAGACAAAAUGACCAGUUGCUGGUGAAAUGAGUUCAAGCGAGAGAGUCCACUUUGCACCAGAAGGAAAAAGGUGCUGAAGGGUUAUCAAGAAUUCCUUUGUCAAUGAAGGGAAAAACUGACUGGGAUAUUGACAAACGGGGGUUGUAAUACUCUUCACCAUGCGCAAAGGGGUGCCGAAGGACCCAGAGAUAGCAGACCUGUUCUAUAAGGAGGAUCCUGAAGAAAUUUUUGUUGGUUUACAUGAAAUUGGACAUGGAAGCUUCGGAGCUGUUUAUUUUGCCACAAAUUCCCACACCAAUGAAGUGGUGGCAAUUAAGAAAAUGUCUUACACUGGGAAACAAACCAAUGAGAAAUGGCAGGAUAUUCUUAAGGAAGUCAAAUUUUUACGUCAGUUGAAGCACCCCAACACCAUUGAGUAUAAGGGCUGCUACUUGAAAGAGCACACUGCCUGGUUGGUCAUGGAAUAUUGUCUAGGAUCAGCUUCUGACUUAUUAGAAGUCCAUAAGAAACCACUUCAGGAAAUAGAGAUUGCUGCCAUCGCCCAUGGUGCCUUGCAAGGCCUGGCCUACCUGCAUUCUCAUAUGCUGAUCCAUAGGGACAUUAAAGCGGGCAACAUCCUCUUAACAGAGCCGGGCCAGGUGAAGCUGGCCGAUUUUGGGUCUGCCUCCAUUGCAUCUCCUGCCAACUCCUUUGUAGGGACACCAUACUGGAUGGCUCCAGAGGUCAUCCUCGCUAUGGACGAAGGGCAGUAUGAUGGCAAAGUGGACGUCUGGUCUCUGGGGAUCACGUGCAUUGAGUUAGCGGAACGGAAGCCCCCCCUUUUCAACAUGAAUGCUAUGAGUGCCUUAUAUCACAUAGCCCAGAAUGACUCCCCGGUGUUACAGUCGAAUGAAUGGACAAACUCCUUUAGGGGAUUUGUUGAUUACUGCUUACAGAAAAUACCUCAGGAAAGGCCAACAUCAGUGGACCUAUUGCGGCAUGAGUUUGUACGCCGAGAUCGGCCGCUGCGGGUCCUCAUUGACCUCAUACAGAGAACAAAAGAUGCCGUGCGGGAGCUGGAUAACUUACAGUAUCGGAAAAUGAAGAAGAUUCUUUUCCAAGAGACCCGGAAUGGACCCUUGAAUGAGUCACAAGAGGAUGAAGAAGACAAUGAACACGGACCGAGCCUGAGCAUCAACAUGGACAGCCUGGGCAGCAAUCACUCCAUUCCAAGCAUGUCUGUGAGCACGGGCAGUCAGAGCAGCAGUGUGAACAGCAUGCAGGAGGUGCUGGAGGAGAGCAGCUCAGACCUGGGUGGGAUGCACGACGACGAAGGCACCAUUAAUUCCACUCCCUCUGUCGUGCACAGGAAGGAUCAUGUAUUCAUAAGGGAUGAGGUGGGCCACAGGGAUUCCAGGCCUGAACUGCGGCCUACCCAGUCAGUCCAGAGUCAGGCCCUCCACUACCGGAACCGAGAGCGCUUUGCCACUAUCAAAUCAGCAUCUUUGGUCACACGGCAGAUCCAUGAGCAUGAGCAGGAGAACGAGUUGCGGGAACAGAUGUCAGGAUAUAAGCGGAUGCGGCGCCAGCACCAGAAGCAGCUGAUUGCCCUGGAGAACAAGCUGAAGGCUGAGAUGGACGAGCACCGCCUCAAGCUGCAGAAGGAGGUGGAGACGCACGCCAACAACGCGUCCAUCGAGCUGGAGAAGCUGGCCAAGAAGCAAGUGGCCAUCAUAGAGAAGGAGGCAAAGGCGGCUGCAGCAGAUGAAAGAAAGUUCCAGCAACAGAUCUUGGCUCAGCAGAAAAAAGACUUGACAACUUUCUUAGAAAGUCAGAAGAAGCAGUAUAAGCUUUGCAAGGAGAAAAUAAAGGAGGAGAUGAAUGAGGACCAUAGCACACCCAAGAAAGAGAAGCAAGAGCGUAUAUCGAAGCAUAAGGAGAACCUUCAGCACAGCCAGGCCGAAGAGGAAGCCCACCUCCUCACCCAGCAGAGACUGUACUAUGAUAAGCACUGCCGUUCCUUCAAACGGAAAGCCAUGCUCAAAAGGCACGAGAUGGAGCAGCAGAACAUCCGGGAGGAGCUCAAUAAGAAGCGGACGCAAAAGGAGAUGGAGCACGCCAUGCUGAUCCGGCACGACGAGUCCACGCGGGAGCUGGAGUACAGGCAGCUGCACACGCUGCAGAAGCUACGCAUGGACCUGAUCCGCCUGCAGCACCAGACAGAGCUGGAGAACCAGCUGGAGUACAACAAGCGGCGCGAGCGGGAGCUGCACCGGAAACACGUCAUGGAGCUUCGGCAGCAGCCCAAGAACCUCAAGGCCAUGGAGAUGCAGAUCAAGAAGCAGUUUCAGGACACUUGCAAAGUCCAGACCAAACAGUAUAAAGCACUCAAGAAUCACCAGUUGGAAGUUACUCCAAAGAAUGAGCACAAAACAAUCUUGAAGACAUUGAAAGAUGAGCAGACAAGGAAACUGGCCAUUUUGGCGGAACAGUAUGAGCAGAGUAUUAAUGAAAUGAUGGCCUCGCAAGCGUUAAGGCUGGAUGAGGCACAAGAAGCCGAGUGCCAGGCCCUGAGGCUGCAGCUACAGCAGGAGAUGGAGCUGCUCAACGCCUACCAGAGCAAAAUCAAGAUGCAGACAGAGGCCCAGCACGAGCGGGAGCUCCAGAAGCUGGAGCAGAGAGUGUCUCUUCGAAGGGCACACCUCGAGCAAAAGAUUGAAGAGGAGCUGGCCGCCCUUCAGAAGGAACGCAGCGAGAGGAUCAAGUUUCUGUUGGAAAGACAAGAGCGUGAGAUUGAAACUUUUGACAUGGAGAGCCUUCGGAUGGGGUUUGGGAAUUUGGUUACAUUAGAUUACCCUAAGGAGGACUAUAGAUGAGAUUAAAUUUUUUUGCCAUUUACAAAAAAAUGAAAAAAGAAAAUUAAAACCCUGCAAAACCACAUUCCCCAUUGGAACGGGCGUCGCUCUCGCUCUCUCUCUCUCUCUUACUCUUACUGACAUCGUGUCGGACUAGUGCCUGUAUAUUCUUACUCCAUCAGGGGCCCCUUCCUCCCCCCGGCCCACUCUCUUAUUCAUAGUACGUCACAGUAUCGAUGUGAUUAUAAAAUGUUUCAGUGAAAACUUUGGAGACAGUUUUAACGAAACCAACCGACCAACAAAUAAUUUUUUUAAAGUGGAUGUAUGUUUCUUUAAAGCAAUCACUCAUUACCACCAACCUAUGAAAGUCAAGCAAAAAAAAAAAAAAAAAAGAAAAAAUUCUAAAUGCCAAGGGGGA